GUCGUUGCGCCAAAAUCCGAUAGAACUGACAGGUGAUUUGUGUUUGUGUAGCACUUCGUGAAAUAAUAGUUUAAGUCACCUUCCCUUGCGUUAGUUUUAAUGAGACAGUUAGUAUGGGGAACGAUUCAAGUGUUUUAUCUGAGUAUCAGGUUGACGAUGCACAUUAUGCCCAAUUAGGACCUUGGACAUUGCAUUCAGCCACGAGAAAGAAUUCAGAUAGUGAAACAGUGUCCGUUUUUACAGGAAAAUUAAAAAGUUACGGCCAACUUAGCAAGGAAUUCCAACGUGCGGUCGAGAGAUUGAAAACGUUGAGACAUCCGUCAAUCCUCAAGUACUUGAAUUCAUGUAUAGCAGGUGAAACUGUCCAUCUAUUUGUUGAGUAUGUUACACCUUUGAGCCAAGUCCUGCCACAGCAAACUGAGCUGGAAAUAUGCUGUGGGCUUCAGAAUAUUGUCUCAGCUCUUGAUUUCAUACAUUCCAAGGCUAAUAUUGUGCAUAACAACCUUUGCAAAGAUGCAAUAUUCGUCACCACAGGAGGAGAUUGGAAAUUGGGCUAUUUUGAUCUUGCUUGCAGUUUUGCCGAAGUGACUGAAGGCUUUCUAGAUCAGAUUCGAUCUUUUCGAUAUGAAAAGGCCAUCGCCCCGGAAGAUGAAAAGAAAACUAAAUUUCCCGGUGGUGGCAACGUUUCGUCAAGAGAUAUCUUCGCAUUCGGACAACUUGUUAAAGAGACCAUAAGCAAAUGCGUGGAAUCUGGCGUUACCGACGCCGAUGUCUUCCGUGAUUUAGCCAAUAAGCAGAUGCAAAGUGUCACGCCACAAUCUCGUCCAACUGCCUCAGUUCUUUCGAGGCAUAAAUUUUUCGACCAGCCUCUUUUGCAUGCCCAAGAAUUUCUAGCUCAAAUUUCCAUCAAGUCCCAAAAAGAAAAGGACGAAUUUUUCAGGGACUUACCGACGCUACUGUACUCAAUGUCAGAAAGCGUAGUCGGCUGCAAAUUGGCCAGCUCUCUACUUAGCCGCUUAGUAGUGCUUAGCGUGGCCGCUCAGCAACACCUUCUACCUCAUCUGUUGAUCCCCAGAACAGAUUCGACGCAAGGGUUAUUUGACGCCUCCAACUACCGGCUGUUCGUCCUGCCAGUGGUGUCGCGCAUCUUCCCUGUGAGAGACGCUCAGAUUAGGCUGGUCCUGCUUCACUACUUCCCACACUUUGUCGGUCUGAUGGAACCAGACCAUCUCGUUCAUAAUAUCCUUCCGGAGUUGCUUUUAGGCAUCAAAGACACGGACGACACGGUGGUGGCGGCCACGUUGAAAGCUUUGGCUUGCCUUGUUCCCAUUCUCGGCGGGUCCACCGUUAUCGGUGGUACGAGACUCAAACUUUUCACCAAUGGAAUGCCCAAGGAAAGUGAAAUCCGACCAGCCAAAGUCCUGGAAAUGGUCAGGAAGAAAUCGAGUCCCAACGCCGUGGUGCACGUUCGGACGCUACCCGAACGUCACGAACCUGACGGCGGGGAAGACGGGGUGCAUUCUCUGCUAGAAAAAACGGACUCAGAUGAGCACUGGUCCGAUUGGGAAGCUGAAGGAGAAGAAGUUUGUGAAGACGAUAGAGAACAAGGAUCGAAUCCAAUCCCGAUUCAACCGGCUUCUUCUUUCCCUGGAAAGAAACAAGAGCUGCAGAGUCCGGCAAGAGUGACGACGAAGAAGCCGCUGGUGAGCGACUUGUCGGCCCUAGAAAUCCAAAUCAAAUCGCGCGAAGACGAGAUUGAUUAUUUCGCCGACAUGGAACCGACCAUCACGUCCACUCCGGCCAUUUUCGCUCCGGCCGACGAACCGAUGGCCGUGUCAACCGGAUCCAAUGGAUUGGAUUUCAACGUCCAAUCGCAAGAGGAAAAAGACGAAGUUGAUGGCUGGAAUUGGGAUGACUAAAAAAAAAAGAAAAAUUAAAAAGAGGGGUGGCGAUUUCAAAUGUAUUGGGCAAAGGUAAAAGAGAAAGAGAUUAAAGAUUAGAAAAUCUG